AUACAUUCUGGCGCGCUCGUACUUGUUGGUCGUCUUGUCGUCUUGUGCAGAUUGGUGUGGCGGGCGUCUUUAGAAUAAAAGCGCGCUAACUCAACUUGUUAAAACACCUUUGCUCACCUGCCUUUUCUUAAGUUGCGACUGGAGGUUUUUGUUAGUUUUGUAGUAAGCACUGUGUUGUGAUCUUGUCAUUCGCGCUACCUCACAACAAUGGCAGCGUGGGGCGAUGGUGGAGGCUUUAUGCCACCGGACUCCCAGGACACACCACAGCGCAAGCUUACAAGUCGCCAUGACAAUGUGGUUCCAUGCACCAUAGCUCAGAUCCAUAUGAUGGGCCAGGACGCACUGACCAUAGGAUCACUUGAGGUGCAAUAUGUGUCAUUGGUGGGACUAGUGACAGGUGUCGACCAGCAGAGCACUCGUGUCAAUUUCACUCUGGAUGACCGGACAGGGCCACCAAUCGAAGGACUGAUUUUUGCCCAAGAAGAGGAGCAGAUGCGUGUCAUGAGCCACCUGGUGGAGGGCAGCUACGUUCGUGUGGUGGGCCCUGUGCGCUCCAUUGAGGGCAAGCGCCAGCUCAAGGCUUUCAAAGUUUUCCCAGUGACUAACCUGAAUGAGCUGAGUCUCCACCUUGCCGAAGUGGUGCAUGCCAACAUGGCUCUGCGUGUGGGCUUUACUCCCAGUUCAUCGAAAUUUGAGCCAAUGGAUACCAGCAACAAUUCAUUUCUUGGGGCUGGCGCUAGCAAUCUUGGUUUGAACCCGCAGCAAAAAUUGGUGUACGAAGCGAUCCGGGAGUGCACCACAAGCAUUGGGAUCGGCCUCGAUGAAAUUUGCUCCAAACUGAAGUCGAUGAACAAGAAUUCAAUACGUGACGUGGUCGACUUCCUUGCUAACGAGGGACACAUUUUCACUACCAUGGAUGACGAACACUACAAGGCCACUGACUCAGCAUAGCAGCAACUGCUCCCUCCUACCACUUUUUUAAUUUUAUUUUAUGAAUGUUACAUUAUCCAGAUUUAUUGUUUGUUUAAUGGAAAUAGAUGAGCUGUGUCUUGCCUUGAGCUCUUGGCCCCACAUUUGCAUUAUGUUGGCAGUCAGACUGGGUUGUUUGCCUUUUCCUUGCUUGCAGUUUGGGCAGAACCAUUAAUGGCAGGCUGCAAACUGGCACCUUAUUUCGUUCCCGUGCGACUUGCCAUAUGCUGAAUGGAAGCUCCCUUUUUAAGAAACAUUGUGGAAAAAAGACAGAAAAUUUUGCUUUGAAUUGUGAAGAAAACUGAGUUGUGCUGAAGAUUGGAGCUUUAAUACACUGCACCCUUACAUGCCUUGGUCAUGAGUUGCCUUCCAAGCAAUUGCUGCUAGACAAGCCCAAUCAUGUGUGUUGUUAUAUAAAAGAAAUUUCAGAGGGCCCAGCGCUUGUCUGCUGUCUACCCUUUUCUUUCGUGUAGUGUUUUUUUUUUUUUUU